AUCUCGGAUUGCAUUGUCCAUUCCACACCGGUGUCCGUGCAAUGCAUUGUGGGUAGCUAUUGGUCUUCCUGGGCACGAAAAUGGCGGAUACUGACGAGCCGGAGAAGAAAAGAAGGAGAGUAGUGGAGCUGACUGAGAAGAUGGUGGUGGAUGGGGGCAGCAGAGACGGGGGCGAAUGGGACGGACGAUGGAACCACAUCAAUACGUUUCUGGAAAGACCAGGACCUUUCACUCACCCUGACUUUGAGCCGAGCACAGAGUCGCUCCAGUUUUUGUUAGACACCUGCAAAAUACUUGUUAUUGGAGCAGGUGGCCUUGGAUGUGAACUUCUCAAAGAUCUGGCCUUGUCAGGUUUUCGUCACAUACACGUUGUUGACAUGGAUACCAUUGACGUUUCCAACCUCAACAGACAGUUCCUCUUUAGGCUAAAGGAUGUGGGUCGGCCAAAGGCAGACAUUGCAGCGGAUUUUAUCAAUGGACGCAUUCCAGGAUGCAACGUGGUCCCCCAUUUCAAGAAAAUACAAGACUUUGAUGAGUCGUUUUAUAGACAAUUCCACAUAAUAGUUUGUGGACUCGACUCCAUAAUCGCCAGGAGAUGGAUGAAUGGCAUGUUGCUGUCUCUGCUGGUUUAUGAAGACGGGGUGCUGGACCCCAGCUCCAUCAUCCCGCUGAUUGACGGGGGGACAGAGGGCUUCAAGGGAAACGCUCGGGUCAUCUUCCCUGGCAUGACUGCCUGCAUCGACUGCACCCUGGAGCUCUACCCACCACAGAUUAACUUCCCCAUGUGUACGAUAGCCUCCAUGCCCCGGUUACCAGAACAUUGUGUUGAGUAUGUCCGCAUGCUGCUGUGGCCUAAAGAGAAACCCUUCGGAGAUGGUGUGGGGCUGGAUGCAGAUGACCCGGAGCACAUCCAGUGGGUGUACCAGAAGUCUCAGGAGCGGGCAGCAGAGUUCAGUAUCACAGGAGUCACCUACAGACUCACCCAGGGUGUUGUAAAGAGGAUCAUCCCGGCUGUGGCGUCCACAAAUGCAGUCAUUGCUGCUGCUUGUGCCACGGAGGUCUUCAAAAUAGCAUCAAGUGCCUACAUUCCUCUGAACAACUACAUGGUGUUCAAUGACGUUGAUGGUCUGUAUACCUAUACGUUUGAGGCAGAGCGAAAGGAGAACUGUUCAUCCUGCAGCCAAGUCCCCCAGGACCUGCACUUCUCUCCGUCAGCCAAGCUCCAGGAGGUGGUCGAUUACCUGACUGAAAACGCUUCUCUACAAAUGAAAUCUCCAGCCAUCACUGCGACAUUGGAAGGAAAAAAUAAAACAUUGUAUUUGCAGACUGUCGCGUCAAUUGAACAGAGGACACGCCCCAAUCUGAGCAAGUCACUGAAAGAGCUGGGUCUGUUAGAUGGGCAGGAGCUGGCCGUAGCUGAUGUCACCACUCCCCAGACUCUGCUCUUCAAACUCAGCUUUACCUCUUAGGACCAGCAUGUUUUCCCCAACAUCAAACACCAGACGUCUUUGUUAUUACUUUUCUAACAGAGUACCGGGUAUUUGAAACGGCAAAUAAACUAGAAGUUUUACAGUGUAUUUAAGUGAAUAUGUAAAUAAAUGUAUUUCAUAUCCAGUUCUCUGACAUACUUGUAGACUCAGGUCUAUGAAUGCAUUUGGUUGUCAUAUUUUAUCAUAUCUGCAACUGUUUGUGAUGCAUUUGCGUUAUAUGCACUGCAACCUCUCAAGCUCUCUUACACUGGAGAAAAAAACAGUACCAUAUUUAAAUUGAUUUCUCUUACAGUUUCUUGUGAGUUUAAUUUAUUUUAAUUUCGUUGCAGUAACUCCUUCAUGGGGUUUUGCACACCCAGACACAACCGGAAUAAAUGUUUUCCUGUACAAUA